AUGCAGUACGUAGGCAGAGCUCUUGGAUCUGUGUCCAAGACAUGGUCCUCCAUCAAUCCAGCUACACUGUCUGGUGCUAUAGAUGUUAUUGUAGUGGAACAUCCAGAUGGAACGCUGUCAUGUUCUCCCUUCCAUGUGAGGUUUGGCAAAUUUCAGAUUCUAAAACCAUCUCAAAAGAAGGUCCAAGUGUUUAUAAAUGAGAAGCUGAGUAAUAUGCCAAUGAAACUCAGUGACUCUGGAGAGGCUUAUUUUGUUUUUGAGAUGGGUGAUCAAGUUACCGAUGUUCCUGACGAGUUGCUUGUGUCGCCUGUGAUGAGCGCCACAUCAAGUCCCCCUCAGUCACCUGAAACAUCCAUCUUAGAAGGAGGAACCGAAGGUGAAAGGGAAAGUGAAAACGAACAUAAGAAGAAGCAAAAGAAGGUAUUAGAGGAGCCGGAUUUUUUGGAUAUCAAUGAAAGUGUAAAUCCGAUCAGUAAAAAUGAUGAAACUACAGAAUCGCUUUCUUCCGUUGAAUCAUCCACAAAUACAUCACCUGAGUUGGUUGAAGAGAGGAAGCGUGUCGAACAACGCACAAAGAAUUUUCAGCAAAAAUUAAACAAAAGACUCACUGAAAUUCACAUCCCCAGCAAACUUGAUAACAAUGGCGAUUUGCUACUAGACACUGAAGGUUACAAACCUAACAAGAAUAUGAUGCAUGAUACAGAUAUACAGUUGAAGCAGCUGUUAAAGGACGAAUUUGGUAAUGAUUCAGAUAUUUCAAGUUUUAUAAAGGAGGAUAAGAAUGGUAAUAUUAAGAUUGUGAACCCUUACGAGCACCUCACCGGCUUGUCGCCUCCAGGAACACCUCCUAAAAUGGCUACAAGCGGAUCAAUUCUGGGCCUGGAUGCCAUGGAAUCAGGAACUACAUUAAAUUCGUUAUCUACAUCACCUUCCACUUCCGAUACGGAAGAUGACACAUCAUUUAACAAGGAACGCAGCAGUAAUAGUGAAAGUUCUAACAAUAGAGAUUCAGCAGAGAACAGCAAGACCGAAAAAAGGUACAUAAGAACAAUAAGAUUAACAAAUGACCAGUUGAAAUGUUUAAAUUUAACUUAUGGUGAAAAUGAUUUGAAGUUCUCAGUAGACCAUGGAAAAGCCAUUGUUACUUCAAAACUAUUUGUGUGGAGGUGGGAUGUUCCAAUUGUUAUCAGUGACAUUGACGGUACUAUCACCAAAUCAGACGCAUUAGGUCAUGUCUUGGCGAUGAUAGGAAAAGAUUGGACGCAUUUAGGCGUAGCUAAGUUAUUUAGUGAGAUCUCCAGAAAUGGUUAUAAUAUACUUUAUCUGACUGCAAGAAGUGCUGGACAGGCUGAUUCUACAAGAAGUUAUUUGCGAUCAAUCAUACAGAAUGGUAGCAAGUUACCAAAUGGGCCUGUAAUUUUAUCACCCGAUAGGACAAUGGCUGCGUUAAGACGGGAAGUAAUAUUAAAGAAACCCGAAGUUUUUAAAAUAGCAUGCCUAAACGAUAUAAGAUCGCUGUAUUUUGAAGAUAAUGAUAAUGAAAUGGACACAGAAGAAAAAUCAACACCAUUCUUUGCCGGUUUUGGUAAUAGGAUUACCGAUGCUUUAUCUUACAGAACGGUAGGGAUACCAAGUUCAAGAAUUUUCACCAUAAAUACAGAAGGAGAGGUUCAUAUGGAAUUAUUAGAAUUAGCAGGUUAUAGAAGUUCUUAUAUUCAUAUCAACGAGCUUGUUGACCAUUUCUUUCCACCAGUCAGCCUUGAUAGUGAUGAUUUGAAAACUAACACUUCCAUGGUUCCUGGGUCCCCCCCCAAUAGGACAUUAGAUAACGCUGACGCAGAGAAUACCUCUGGUCAUAAGACACUAUUCAGAGGCAAUCAAGAAGAGAAAUUUACAGACGUAAAUUUCUGGAGGGAUCCGUUAGUCGAUAUUGACAGUCUAUCGGAUAUUAGUAAGGAUGAUACUGACAAUACUGAUGAAGAUACUGAUGUCUCACAACAAGAAAGCACUAGAAGUAGGACAAAUUCGGCUGUAACAAUGAGGGCUACCAAAGUCCCACAAAUACACGUCGGAAGCACAUAUAACAAUGAAGUCUUAGCCACUUCAUCUGAUGUAGAAAAUGCAUCUCAGUUCAUGGGUUCCCAUAGUAGCUCAAGAUCUACGCCUAAUAAACCUACAAAGUCAAAAGGGGACAUUGGGAAGCAAAUAUACCUUGAACUAGGCUCACCGCUUGCAUCACCAAAAAUGAAAUACUUGGAUGAUAUGAAUGAUGAGGAAUAUAACAACAGUAGAUCUAAGUCAAGGAGAGCAUCAACUGCAGCUGCAACAAGUAUUGAUGAAGAGUUUAAAAAGCUAUCUAUGUCUAAAGCUGGUGUUCCAACAAACAAUGUUUCGAAAAUCAACGUUUUAGAUGACAUGCAUUCACGUGAAAAUUCAGAUACCGAGUCACGAAUGGAACAAAGUGACGAUGAUACAAGGCGAAAACAGCAACCCCACAAAUCAAUGGACGAUAAGUAUUUGGAUGCAAGAGUGAGCGAUGAGUUCGACGAUGAUGAGUUCGACGAGGACGAAUUCGAAGACUAA